GUGUAAUACGCGUGCAAACAUAAAUCGAUCAAUAGCACUUCCCAUUCGUCGAGUGUUCAUUUUAUGUGAAAUGAACAUCGAAUGAACGCGACAGGCCGUUCUGUACGCAUUUGACAGUUGCUGCACGGACCAAAACAAACGCCAAGCUAACGCCAAGCUGUGUGAAGAGCUGUGAAAAGUGAAGAACUUUAAUCCUUGUUUCUAUACGAAAUUAACACAAAUGGACACAUAUGUUGUGUUAAAAACAUAAUCGGCCAAGAAAGGGAACAAACAGUUCAUGCGGACCGUGCUGCGGCAAAGGAUAAAUUUCGCCAAGGUCGCCAUCACGGUGUCCUUUGUGUUGCUACCUAUCGCGAUUUGGUGAAUAAGUUAAAAGUGUGCCAGUUGUGCAAACACGCAUUCGCUGCCCACUAUCAACAAUAGCAGGCUAUCAACAACAAAAAACAACUAUCAACCAUUGUGUUUUUCUUGUUUCCACCCGUUUUUGCGGCUUAAUGAGGUUACCAUAAUCAAAGCAUCGGCAGCUUCGGUUUGGCUGUGCUUUUACUCGCACGGUUCUAGUGAAGAGGAAAAGAUGAAACUACAGCUUACCAUGGGUCGCAGCCAAAGUCCGGCAAUAGACAAAGAAUCGGAAGCGGUGAAAGGUGGCGGAUAUGAGGCAACAUCCGUGAACGGUCCCGAGGAUGACUUUGAGCUGUGGGAUCAGAGUAAAGCGCUGCGUUCGGAAUAUCGGGACAAUCGCUGGAGCCAGAACGGAUGGUCCUCCUGCAUACCGAUAUCGAUCAUUUUAGUGUUGAUUGUGCUGGUGGUGCUGCUGCCACUGAUGGAUCAUAGCGAGCGUGCCGGGGACGAACCGACGCGUGCGGGUUUGGGCCGCUUCGGGCAACCGAUCUGUGCGGAAAAAUGUUCUAUCGAGCUGGUGGAAAGCAUACCGGAGGGUAUGACGUAUCCCGACGACAGUCCAACGUAUCGUACCACCUUCCAGGCUUGGAUGACGCUCCUAGAACUCGCGCAAGAAACGGUCGAGAUUGGAUCGUUCUACUGGACGUUAAAGGGUGCGGACGUUUAUAAUCAUUCAUCCGCCCGGGAAGGUGAGAUGAUAUUUCGUAAACUGUUCGAAGCCGGUACGGUGCGGAAGCUGCAGGUGAAAAUUGCCCAAAGUGCACCGACGUCCGCCUCCCCCAAUCUGGAUACGGAUCUGCUGGCCAAGCAGGGCGCCGCCACGGUACGAUCGGUCGAUUUUCCACGCCUAAUCGGUGGCGGUGUGCUGCACACCAAGGUUUGGAUAAUAGACCGGCAGCACUUCUAUCUUGGCAGUGCCAACAUGGACUGGCGAUCGCUAACGCAGGUAAAAGAGCUGGGCGUUCUGGGCACAAACUGUUCCUGCCUCGUGUACGAUCUAGCCAAGAUAUUCGACGUGUACUGGGAUAUGGGUGCACCCGAUGCACGAUUGCCUCCGAAAUGGCCGAAAGAGUAUACCGCCAGCUUUAACUAUUCUGCACCCGCGCACGUUGAAUUCAAUGGCAAAACAGCAAUGGACACUUACUUCUCGAGCUCCCCACCAAUGAUGUCACCUACGGGGCGAACAGAUGAUCUGUUUGCUAUAAUAGAUGUUAUCAAUAAGGCAAACCGUUUCGUACACAUAUCGGUAAUGGAUUACUUUCCACUAACGCUUUACACGCGCAUAACGCACUACUGGCCUUACAUCGAUGAUGCGCUGCGUAAGGCGGCUAUCGAGCGGAAGAUAUCGUUGCGUCUGCUCAUCUCGCUCUGGGACCAUUCCCGACCGUCGGAAGAAUACUUUCUCCAUUCGCUCGAAGCACUGUCGAACGCGCUGAACGGUGUCGACAUACAGAUACGCCGGUUUAUUGUGCCGGCGUCCGACGACCAGAAGAAGAUACCGUUCGGGCGGGUCAACCACAACAAGUACAUGGUGACGGACAAUACGGCGUACAUCGGUACGUCGAACUGGUCCGGCGAUUAUUUCAUCGAUACAGCCGGCAUCGGUAUGGUGAUCUCUUCGUUCGAUACCAAUGGUACAAUCAUACAGGAGUUGCAAUCCGUAUUCGAGCGCGAUUGGAACAGCAAGUAUGCGGUACGCUUAAGCUAGGCUGUACAACCAAACAAACAAAACAAAAAACAUGAUUCACUAGUUCACGAGCUCAAUUUUAAAACACUUGCAUUUUUGCUACCUUUCAUGGUAUAGCUUAAUAAGGAUGAAUGAUGCGGCUAAAGAUUGCAAAAAAAAAAAAAAUCAGUGCACAUCAUGUCGCGUACGCGCAACAUUUGGUACAUUGAUGCCUUAAACACGAGUUACAUGUGCCUUAGUGUAAUGCAAAAUCGGUUAGUGACAACUUUCUAGCAAAUGUGUGAAGGAGAAGAAGAAGAAAACCAAAAUUCAUUUGAUAUAAUUCUAUGCUAUAAUUUUUUUUUUGGGUAAACAUCAUGCUAUAUAAAGGUGAUGCGCAGUUUCGAUGGUAUUAUCAGUUUCAUGUUACGACAGUGCUCAAUUGUUAGUCUAAAAUGUGUUUGUUGAUAGUACGUAGCGUACCUUUUUUGUCGCGUUUAGAUAUGAGUAACAUUUUUCCAAAUCUAUGUAGUUUAGCGUUUGUUUCUCUUCCCACUAGUCAAUAUACUGUUCGAUGUUCGGUACUUGUAGCUAAUGCUAUUUUAUAAUAAAUUCCAUGUCAUUGCCAGUA